AUGACGGCGACCCUCCGUAGUUCUUCUGCAUCUAAGAACCCGGCCCCUGCAGGAAGUUUCCAGCCGUCGGGUUAUUUUUUACCAUGUUAUACUGUAUUCUUACGCAUAACCCUUUAUAACCUUUUACAGGCAAAUGAUAACUUCUGGAAAAUCCAAUAUGAUCAUGAGGCGGCCAAGAGGGCCGAAAGGAAAACCGCCAAGCCCACCACUUCAAGGAAAAGGAAGCCAAGCACUUCUGAGUUGUUUCAGCUUGAUGAUACUGAUGAUAAUGAGGAAGAGGGAGACACAGGCAACAGCCAACCCGUUGAGGAAGAGCAACAACAAUUUGAAAACCGGAGGCAGACCCGGACCAGCAAGGAUGCAGAGCUAUCCUCCGGCUUGCCUGACACAACCCGGAAGCGUCAGACUGAGGAUACCUCUCCUUUAUCCGGCGAGUCCAUGCAAUCAAACAUGCCGGCUUUUAAGACUGCCCCUGGCGUGCAGGUUAAGCCAGGAAGAAAACCAAGAAAGAUAAACCGGCCCAAACCCCUGUGGUGACUGAACCGGAACAGGGUAUAGCUGCUCCCGACUCUUCCACACAUCAACCGCCGCCUGAGCCGGCUCAAGACAUUGCAGCAAGAGCCGGAGCAAUAGCCGCUUUGAGUCGGGCCAAAGCCUGGUUACCAGAGCUAGACCCUGCCGACAUCGCUCUUGGGUAUCCAAGUCUAAAGGAGGAUGGCACUCCAUUUGAUGAAAAGGAUUUCACCACCUGCGUGAGGGAUAUACGCCCUGUGGCCACUCAAAUUGGAAACGACACUGACCUCACCAAGUGUCAGCCGGGUUAUGACAAGGAGAAUCGGAGAAUCCCCACGCCGCAUUAUGACGAUGUCAGCUUGAUCCCUCC